AUGGAUGAUGCCGCACCCCUCCCACCGUGCCCCGGGGACCCCACCAUCUCCCCGCCCCUCUGCACCCCGUGCCCCGGGGACCCCACCAUCCCCCCGCCCCUCUGCACCCCGUGCCCCGGGGACCCCACCAUCCCCCCGCCCCUCUGCACCCCGUGCCCCGGGGACCCCACCAUCUCCCCGCCCCUCUACACCCCGUGCCCCGGGGACCCCACCAUCUCCCCGCCCCUCUACACCCCGUGUCCCGGGGACCCCACCAUCUCCCCGCCCCUCUGCACCCCGUGUCCCGGGGACCCCACCAUCUCCCCGCCCCUCUACACCCCGUGCCCCGGGGACCCCACCAUCUCCCCGCCCCUCUACACCCCGUGUCCCGGGGACCCCACCAUCUCCCCGCCCCUCUGCACCCCGUGCCCCGGGGACCCCACCAUCUCCCCGCCCCUCUACACCCCGUGCCCCGGGGACCCCACCAUCCCCCCGCCCCUCUGCACCCCGUGCCCCGGGGACCCCACCAUCUCCCCGCCCCUCUGCCCCGAGUCCCGGGGCCCCAUCACCACCUCCCGGGCUAGCGCUGAGCACUACCUGGUGGUGUUUUAG